AUGCUCUGCCUCAAGACCGCUGUUGCCCUGAUGGGUCUGACCGCUUUCGUCGCCGCUGCUCCGGCAGACAAUGUCAAACGGCUAGACGACAUCAAGACCUGCUACUGCGGCAGAGACACCGGCACGGCGAGGGUUAGUGACCCGGAUGCCACUAAGGGUGCCUGCCCUGAUUUUGGAACUGUCGCGGGCCCUUACCCUACCAGUUGCAAGAUCAUGAUUGAUAUCAACGAGCCUUUGUUUUACGACAAGUGCAAGUCAUUGGGCCAACCGAUUGGCUGGUGCGAGAAAUAA